AUGCUUUUUUUUUUCAAUGAUUCCAUAUUUCCUACUUUGAUUACUUUUUCUCUUUCUCUUUUCUCUUUCUCUUUCUCUUUUUCUUUUCCAUUUUCUCUUUCUCUUUUUUCUUUCUCUUUCACUUUUUUCUUUCUCGUUUCUCUUUCUUUUUUCUAUUUUCUCUUUCUCUUUUCUCCCUUUUCUCCUUCUCUUGUCUCUUUUCUUCUUCUCUUUCUCUUUUCUUUCGCUUUCUAUUUCUCUUUUCUCUUUCUCUUUUUUCUUUCUCUUUCUCUGUUUUCUUUCUCUUUUUUAUUUCGCUUCCUCUUUCUCCUUUCUCUUUCUCUUUUUCUUUUCCCUUUUCUCUUAUUCUUUUCUAUUUCUCUUUUCUCUUUCUCUUUUUUCUUUUCUCCUUCUCUUUCUCUUUGUCUUUUCUCUUUUCUCUUUCCCUGUUUUCUUUCUCUUUUCUAUUUUGCUUUCUCUUUCUCUUUUCCCUUUUCUCUUUCUUUUUACUUUCUCUUUCUCUUUUCUCUUUCUCUUUUCCCUUUUCUCUUUCUCUUUUCUAUUUCUCUUUUCUAUUUCUCUUUCUCUUUUAUCUUAUCUCUUUUCUCCUUCUCUUUCUCUUUCUCUUUUCUCUUUCUCUUUUCUUUCGCUUUCUCUUUCUCUUUUUCUUUUCCCUUUUCUCUUUUCUGCUUCUCUUUUCUCUUUCUUUUUUCAAUUUUCUCUUUCUCUUUUCUCCUUCUUUUUCCCUUUUCUCUUUCUCUUUUCCCCUUCUCUUUCCUCUUUCUCUUUUUCUUUUCUCUUUUCUCUUUUCUGUUUUCUGUUUUCUCUUUCUCUUUUCCCUUUUUUCUUUCUCUUUUCUCCUUCUUUUUCCCUUUUCUCUUUCUCUUUUCCCCUUCUCUUUCUCUUUCCUCUUUUUCUUUCCUCUUUCUCUUUUCUCCUUCUCUUUCUCCUUAUCUUUCUCUUUUCUCUUUUCUCCUUCUCUUUUCUCUUUCAUAUUCGUUCUUGUUAUACUUCUUCUUUUUUUCGCUCUUUUUGAAAUUUACACCUUUUCUUUCCUUUAUUCCAUUUUUUAAAUUUCCCCCUCUCCCCCUAUCUCUAUCGCCACCGCCACAUUCUUUUAUUUCCCUUUCUUUUAUAUUAUUUCUCCUUUAUGCCUUUUUCUUCUCAUCUCUCCACCCGCUUAUGUUCAACCACAUUUUUUCUUCCCCACCUUGUUAUUUAUUCUUUAUUCUUUUUCAUUCUUCUGUUUCAUUUUUUUCCCACGCAUUCUUCUCGUCCUCUUUAUUAUCCCUUUUUAUUUCUUUUUCUUUUAUUCCCUCACUUCCCUUCCGCCAUGUUCUUAUUGUUCACAUCGUUUACAUCAUUCACUCGUUCAUUUUCUUUUUUCUUUUUUUUUCUUUCUUUUACCUGUCAUCUUCGUUCCGUCUAACGAUCACCAUAUUCAUAUUUUUUUCUUCUAUUCACAAUAUUUAUUCUCUGCUAUUUUUCCUUUUUCUCCAUUUAUUUUCUCUCUUUUCACUUCCAUCGCAUUUUUCCUUUUUUUUUUCAGUCCGUUGCCAUAAUUCAUUCUUUACAACUUUUUCUUCGUUUGUUAUUCGUCUUUUUUUCCCCUGCAACACAUCCUUCUUUUCUGCUCGUUUUUCAUUAAAUAUUGGAAGAGGAGAGAAAUGA